AUGGAAGUGAUUGAAGCAGUGGUGAAGGCUGCAGGGAGGGAGGCCAGACUCAAGAAAAAGAAAUCAAAAAAGGAGAGUCCUGCAGUGUCAGAGGAAAAGCAGCUGGAGCCCUCUCUCAAACAGGUACUGAGCAAAACCCCCAAAAGCGGAAUCAAACAUUCCUUCUGUCCAUAUGUGCGUAUCGACAGCUCCAGAGACUUCGCCUCUCUCUGUACCAUCGUAAACAGGCGCAAUGAAGAGCUGAAGAUGGUGUUUCAGAAGCCCCGGAAAAAGAGCUCGGACAAAAUUAAAAACCCAGUCACGGUUGCCAAGGCGAUACCCAUCUCCUCAGCUUUGCUCCAGGGGCCCUUGGUUAACAAAACCUUAAUUGACAGGUGUCUAACGUGUUGCCUGUGUGGAAAGCCGGCAAAUUACCGUGAGCUGGGGGAUUUGUGUGGGCCCUACUACCCAGAGGAUAGCAUCCCUCGCAAAAUCCUGUCAGCAAGACAUAUAGAACCCCCGAGGGAAAACCAAGAGAAAACAACAAGCUCCAACAGUAGCAUCGAGGAACCAAGCAGCAGCACCCCAAAAAGCGAAGGAGACCCCAGCUCCGAAAAGGAAGGCAGUAAAAAGGGGGAUAUGGAGACAGUCACAAAGGAGGGCAGUAGUAGUACUAGUGGUGGGGGUCACCAUCAUCAGCCCCACCCCCACCACUGGCGCCCCAGGAGGGCAGAGAGGGCACCUGCGGAGGGCGGAAGCACGCACCGGCCCACCCUACGGGAUAGGUUCAGGAGGAUGCAGCAGCUCCAGGAGGAGAGGAGGGCUGCGGAGGCCACAGCUAGUGGUCAGGAGGGGAUCAGUGGAGGAGGAGGCCUGCUCCAGAGACUGCAGGGGGAGGCUGAGGCUAAGGAACACUGGGCCCAUGAGAACUGUGCUAUCUGGACCAAUGGGGUCAUCAUGGUGGCCGGGAGGCUGUACGGCCUGAAAGAGGCUGUUCACACUUCCACAGAAACGGUGAGACCUUCCUCUUUCUCUAUGCUGAUUUCUCUCUUUUUCUUUCUUUCUUUCUCGCUCUCUCUCUCUCUCUCUCUUUCCCCCUCUCUCUCUCCAGUUGAUACUGAUACUGCAUCUUACCAAUGGAGAGUCAAUAUUUGAAGUGCUGUAUUUCACAUACAGUAA